UUGUGAUAAAGUUUCAGAUUUUUAUCUGUCAGGUUUUGUGGAAAUGGUCGUAAUUCAUGAUGAAUUUCGUUGAUUAAGAAAACAGUUUAUAUCCGGUAGCCUUAUUUGAAAGAUAAGCACUCAGUAUCUUUAUGUCAGUUAGCUAAAUCUCAGUGUUAUGUUAGGAAUUAGCUAUAGAUAAGUGGAAACUUGCAGAAUGAAUACAAAGUUGCGUCCAAAAUAUGAAGCGGAACUGAUACUGAAACAAAGAUUAUGUCCCAUAGUUUUGAAUCGAUCCAGCUAGGCCUUACUUAAACACCGGUUCACUACAUGUGAAAUAGGCCUUUGUAUAAUAGUCAUGAAGAGAUCAUGUUGUCAAAGUUUUUCGAAAAUUUUUAUAUUUUUUGAAAAAUUAAGAGAGAGAGAGAGAAAUGGGGUUUUACAUCCACUCAACAAAACUAGGAUCAUGAGGAGAUUAUAUAAUCGAAGCUUUCGCAUCACCUUCAUUCUUGGUUUUUGUUUGUCUAUCUGGUUUUUUGUUUCGUAUAAGUUGUUUAAAAAUUCUCCGUAUUAUAAAAUCAGCGAAUCCCAAUUUGAUCCGUCAAUUUCCAAAGUUCUGUCCUCAUUGAACAGUUGGAACCUGCGCACACAACAGGAUCUCUGGAAUAUUCAUAGACCUACGAAUAGAUCACAAGAGACCACUAAAUUAAUAUCCAGAGCUAAUUUGUACAGAAACGUGGUGUUCGAUAAAAUAAAUGACAUCCCAGAAGGUAGAGAAGACGGAAUAUUAUUUCCAGAUUUAUUGCAAAGAAAUGAACAAGUUUUUGUUAAAAAUGAAACAGGAAGUUAUUUUAUAGAGAAGUAUGGAAACUAUUCUGAUCUGUGUACAGAUUUACACAGUGAUAUUCAAGAUCUGUUUUGCAUGACUAAAUUACCAUAUUUGGAAGAUGUGAAGAAUCCAUGUUGGUACGAGCUUGGUUGUAGCGGGAAGUUAAAUUGUGACCAGAGGUUAAGAUUGCGAUGUCUGCCAUAUUAUCAUAUACUAGGCUGUGCUAAAUGUGCGACAACAGACAUAUAUAACAGACUUAUACAACAUCCCCGGAUAUUCUCUAAUAACGGCAUGUUGAAUAAAGAGGCUCUAUGGUGGAGUUGGUCCAAAUAUGGUAUAACUAACUGGAAAAUUAACAAAGUUAAAACAUUUGAAGAAUAUACAAGCAUAUUUGAUAAUACCGCAGAACAUAUUGAAACCUUGAUUCAAGAUGGCUCCAAAUUAGUUCAUAAAAUAAUAACAGGCGAUGCUAGUCCUCCAGAUUUCUGGGACUUUCGAGCGUGGCCAUUGAUAGCCCAAAAUAAAGGUCCAGAACCCACCAUUUUGACUCCUCAUUUAAUGAAGCACAUUUACAGAAAACCAAAAUUUAUAUUAAUCUUGAGAAAUCCCACAGAUAGAUUAUAUUCUGACUAUUAUUUUUCUGGGUAUGGUGAUAAUCCCUAUAGUUUUCAUGAAGAUAUUAUUAAUUCUAUCUGGACCAUUGAAACCUGUCUGACAAAUCACACUGUCCAACAUUGCUUCUAUAGUGCAGAAAUUUUUGCCAAGUUAAAGUCUCGAAUACAUUUUGGUUGUUACGUGGUGUAUUUAAUGGAAUGGCUGAAGAUAUUUGAUAGAGAUCAGUUUUAUAUUGUCAGAACAGAAGAUUACGCUGAUGAUGUAGACAAAUAUAUAGCGGAAAUGUUUACUUUUCUUGAAGUCGAUCCUUUGUCAGAUUCUAAACUUCACAAGAUUGAAAUGAAGAAAAAACAACGCAUCACUAAAAGUAAACAAAAAGCUGAUCCCAUGCUACCAAAAACUCGUAGAAUUCUUGAUAAAUUCUACGAGGAGUACAACAAGGAUUUAUCACAAGUUUUGAAAGACAAGAAAUAUCUGUGGUCAGAUGUAAACACCAUCAACAAAUUGAAAUUAAUUAAUUUGAACAUACUAAAUCCUAAAGAAUAGUUUCCUUUAAAGGUGAUAGUAGUUAGUCAACAUGGCCAGAGGUGGGAACUCGAGUUCCGGGUCUAAGCCUUGAGUCUGAUUUAAGUCACAUCAGUGACCCGACUUGUGACCUGACUUGAAAUAUUUAUUGCGAUUGGACUCAGACUCAGGCUUGAAGUCGCAUCAAUGACCCGACUUGCUACUCAACUUGAAAUAUUUAUUGCGACUCGACUCAGACUCGGCAGUCGAGACAACUCACUACUUGAAAGAGCAUAGGACUUAAAUCGCUCAUAAGUUAUAACUCAUAACUUACCUUAUUCGCAAUGAAUUGGUGACUCAUUUGACGAACUGGCAACUUGGGACUCGAUUCGAAUCGGUACUAAAGUCAGCCACUCAGACUCGAGGUCCCGCGACUUGUUCCCACCUCUAAACGUGGCUGACCUUUAAAGGUAAUAGUUAGUCAAUAUGGCCGACCUUUAAAGGAGCUAAGUCUCUUACUUGAUAUUUUCUAUAAUAUUUGAAAUUAAAAAAACAAAUUAGAAUUCAACAUUCAUCAAUUUCAAUCAAUAUUGAUGUUGUUAUCUUGCCGUGAAACUAUAUAAUCCUAAUAUUUAAGACAGAAUUAACAUUUUAUGAUCCCUCCAUGAGUCAUGUACCCUAUAGUUGCAGGUGCCAUUUUGUAAUGAACAUAUAAAAACAUAUCCUACAACACAAUGUGGAAGUAAUUAGUAAAGGCUGAUUCACAAACGACAAAAUAAUAAUUUAAAAAACUUGUAGAAUGCACUAAGCAGACGUAAAAGUCUGCGGUUCAGUUUGAACUGUUCACAUAUUUCACCAAACAUAAUUGAUAAGAAAUAACAAUAUUUUUUUUCAAAAAUUGAAUAUAAAUUACUUUAGAACCAAUUUUGUCUAUUUCAAGGUUACAAAAAAUAGAGCCAACCUUUAACGGUCACAUGGCCGACCUUUAAAGGUAAAACUAAAGAAUAGAUGGGGUCCUUUAAAGGUGAUAAUAAGUCCAUGUGGGCAACCUUUAAGGUUACUGGUAUAGUAAGUUAACAUGGCCAUGCUUUAAUGGUGAUAAGUCUGUGUGGGCAAACUUACUGGUAUAGUAAGUUAACAUAGCCAUGCUUUAAAGAUAACAGUCAGUUAACAAUAGUCAGUAAUAAAUAGUAACUCUUAGAUAAAGAGCAGGCAGUUCUCACUAUAAUAGUUUUAAAAAUAGAUAAUGUAAGGGGGAUAUGACGAAAAUUUCAGUCAAAUUACUUCAUUCUAGGCCGAGAAAAUAUCAUUUUAAAAACACUGUAGCCUCAAUUGUCAUUGCUACCGCUGAUAGGAUAAUUAACAAAAUCUUGAUUAUUCAUUUUUGCUGUUAAUCAUCAAUGGACAUUGAACAGCAGAUCUGAUUCAAAUCCAAUGAUAAUCGGACCCAUAAGAUGGCAUCGAGAGAUGAUUAUUGUCUUUUCAUGUUAAUAAAUGUCUAAUUAAUAGUUUAUAUAACAUUUGAGACCAUAAGAAAGACCUGCAGUAGGCAGAUUAGCUCUUUCAUAAUGUAUGUUUAAAAUGACUGGUAGUAGUAAGUUAACAUGGCUAUCCUUUAAAGGUAAUAGUCAGUGAACAUGACCAACCUUUAUUACAGUCAGUGAACGUGACCGACCUUUAAUUAUAGUAAGUCAAAAUGACCGACCUUUAAAGGGGAUGGUAAAUAACUUGGCCGACUUUUAAAGGUAAUAGUCAGUUACGUGGCCGACCUUUAAAGGUAAUAUUAAGUUAACAUGGCCGAUCUUUAAAUGUCAUGGACAAUCUGAAGUUCAUAGUCAGUUAACAUGACUGUCCUUUAAAGGCUGUUGUUUAAUGCUCAUAGUUCGUCAAAAUGGCCACCCUUUAAAGGUAAUAGUCAAUUUCAGUGUCUGUCCUUUAAAGGUUAUACUAAGUUAACAUGUCUGUCCUUUAAAAGGUAUAGUAAGUUAACAUGGCCGACUUUUAAAGAUGACAGUUAGUUAACAUGGCCGACUUUUAAAGAUGAUAGUUAGUUAACAUGACUACCCUUUAUUAGUAAUAGCAAAAUUUUAACAGGUGCCCCUAAAGAACAAAUAUUCAAGUUGGUGUGGCCUUAAAGCUGUUGUUGAACUGUUAAGAUAAUAAUCGACAAUGAAAUGAAACUACCAUCUAAUUUAAUUAGACUGAAUUAGGAAGCAAAAAUUUUAUCGUGUGCCAGUCAUUGUGGCCUUAAAGAACAAAUAUUCAAGUUGGUGUGGCCUUAAAGCUGUUGUUAGACUUUUAAGAUAAUAAUCGUAAAAGAAGUGAAACUACCAUCUAACUUAAUUAGACUGCAUUAGGAAGCAAAAAGUUUAACAGGUGCCACAAAGAACUAAAAAUUCAAUCAUUGUGGCCUUAAAUCUCUUUCAAAAGUUGUAACAUAAAAAUCAAAUAAUUAGACUGAAUUAUCAUGAAUAUUUUUCUAUUUCACAUCCAUUUUCACCACAAGAAUGUCAUUGUCUUCUUUAACUCCGUAAAACAAAAAAUGUGCCUCCUGCAUUAUAUUAAUGCUAAUAAUGACUAUUUUAUUGCAAAAUUGUACUGGUUGCCUUUUUAUUGGUGAUUAUUUUAGUGUAGAUAUUUCUUGAAUAACACACACUAUUUAUGGAUAACAAUUACUAUGGUUUAUUUCACUGCGACGCAAAUCCCCGGUUGUACGUGACAAGGAGUAGGGUCACCUGUCCAACCUCGUGGGUUUUCUCCGGGUCCUCCAGUUUCCUCCCACUGCUAAAGACCCCUAAGCGCAAGCGAAUUAUUGAAAUAAAAUUAAAACCAUAUAUUAGUCCCGAAAUGACCUAGUUUGUGUCGAGUGGACGUUAAACCCCAUUUCUCUCUCUCUCUCUUUCACUGCGACGUUUCAACAAGAUUUCACAAGUCGUUAUCAAAUGCUUGAUAAUGACUUUCGAAAUCUGUUGAUAACGACUUUUGAAAUCUCCUUGACACGUCGCAGUGGAAUAAACCAUAGUAAUUGUUAUCCAUAAAUAGUGUGUUAUUCGAUUAUGUUCCAAUUACUAAAUGCCAUUCAAAGAAUAGAUAUUUCUUGGUUUACAGAACAUGUUAGAUUUUGGUUGUGAUUUUAUUGAUAGAAAUGUAUGAAAUUGAAGAUUUUUAAACAAAUUGUUAUAAUUGUUUGUUGGAUUAGAUAUUUUUAAACAAUUGUUGAGCUACAUUUUAUUGUAAGAUAUUUUUAUUGUAUAUGGGAGCCAUAGUGGCUAAGUGGGUAAGACGCUGGCUCGCCAGUCUGGAGGUUGGGUGUUCGAUUCCUGCAUUGGAUCCCUGCAUUGGCCGAGAAAGUCUAGGCGUCUUCAUUAGCACAAUCGGAGUAGGACGUUAACGUUAAACCCCAUUUCAUUUCAUUUCUAAUCCACAUGGAAACUGACAAUUUGAAUUCAAUGUUACAGCAUUCUUUGCAUUAAAGAUGCAUUAUCUAAAAGCCAAGUCUGCCUGUUACAGAUCUUUUGCCUGGGGCCUAUAUUCGAUGGCCUAAAAGACUCACAGGGUCAUGCUGGUUAAUUUGAUACCACAUAUGUAGAGGUGAAGCGUGAUGGCUGAACAUACAUACAUACAUACAUACAUACAUACACUUUGAUUUUAUUUAUAUAGAUUACAACAUUAUAGAGGGGGUCGGAUGGCCAAGUGGUUAGCACGUGCACACUGUAUCAUAAGAUCUGUCAUUGAUCCAACUGGCGUGGUUUCGAUUCCCCGGUUGUACAUGACAAGGAGUAGGGUCGCCUGUCCAACCUCGUGGGUUUUCUCCGGGUCCUCCGGUUUCCUCCCACUGCUAAAGACCCCUACGCGCAAGCGAAUUAUUGAAAUAAAAUUGACCGAUGUUAAUCCCAAAAUGACAUGGUUUGUGUUGAGUGGAUGUUAAACCCAUCUAUCUAUCUCUCUCUCUCUCUCUCUCUCUCUCUCUCUCUCAAUAUUGUAUUGCAUACAAUUGUUGACAGGUAAUUACUUGCCUUUUAUCAAUAUGACUUUAUAGAAUCUCAUCAUAAUAUAGUCAUGAUCAUCAAGUCCAAUCAGUGAUUGUUUUGUGUCCUGUUAUUGAGAUGAGAAUAUUUUUUUUAAAGUUACUAUGUUAUUUUCGAUAAUCUUUAUGUCUUAUUGAAUUUUUUGUUUAUUAUAUUGUAUAUAUGUAAAUAUUGCUAUUAUUUGAGCCAACUAUUAACUUAGUGAUGUACCUUUGCCAUUGGGGGGUUGGAUGGCUGAAUGGUUAGCGUGCGCGCGCUGUAUCAUAAAGUCUGUCAUUGAGUCAACUGGUGUAGUUCUGAUUCGCCGGUUGUACGUGACAAGGAGUAGGGUCGCCUGUCCAACCUCGUGGGUUUUCUCCGGGUCCUCCGGUUUCCUCCCACUGCUAAAGAACCCUACGCCCAAGUGAAUUAUUGAAAUAAAAUUAAACCAUAUGUUAGUCCCGAAAUGACCUAGUUUGUGUAUAGAGAGAACUUUAAACCCCAUUUCUCUCUCUCUCUCUCUCUCUCUCUCUCUCUCUCUCUCUCUCACCAUUGGCAUUUUUCGUGAAAAAAUAUAACAUUUCUCACUGCUUAAUCCACACUAAUAUGUACUCAGAUUGAUCCCUUAUCAUUUAAUUAAACAUACAUUAUGCAAGAGCUAAAUCUGCCUAUUGCAGGUUUUUCUUUUGGCCUUAAAUGUUAUAUAAACUAUUAAUUAGAUUGAUUGUUUUUUUAUGAAUUAAUAGCAAUAUUACGACUUAAAAUGGGGCAAUAUUUGAGACAAUAUUCUGAUUCAUUUAAAGCGGAAAUUUCAAAUUUAUUAAAAUAAAGCCUUAAAAUAGAUCGUAUCCAUAAACAGUCCUACCUUGUUAAAGAAUAGUCCUAUUAAUCCUAUACCGGUAAUUCACUAUUGCCAGCUGAGAAAUUGGCAAAAAUAUCAUUUUCAACUUCAAAUUCCAACGUUGAGGAAAUGGCUGACCAUUGUUUUCAAUAGGAAAACAAGGGAGGUAAUUGUGUUGUUAUUUCCUGUGUAAAUGAGUUUUAAGUGUGAGAAUGACACCUAUGAUCGUAUAAUAGUGAGUUGAUAACCUAUUGAGCAAAAGACAUAGAAAUAAUUAUGUUUUGACUUUUUUUAGAAAAUAUGAAAUACUCGCUUUAAGAGAUGAAAUCCAUUUGAAUUUUUAAAGUCAAAUAUAUUUUUAGGUGGUUUUUAAGAAGAUUUAAUUUUUGAGUUUUUAUAAAUUUUGACAUUGAACCAUGCAGUUGAUAAGGUCAAUGGAGAUCUUACUAUCAAAUGUGCUUUUUAUACGGCCACAUUUCAGUGUGGGUGUAUUAUGUCGUCACUCGUCACCCUGUCCGUAAACAAUUGGCUUGCGAACGCCAUAGAGGCUACAGUUUUUGACAAAUUCUUUUCUUAUUUGGUGUAAGUAUUGUGGUCAUGAGAGGACAAAGCCAGCUUUCUGCAUCUCUCCGUUUCAGAGGUAUCCCAUAUUUGUAAAAAUCUUGUGAAGGUGUCAGAGGCUACAGUUUAUGAUAAAUUUGGUCUGAAGCGUGAGAGGACAAACUGUAUCAAAAUUCAGUGUUCCAGAUUUAUUUCCUCUUUGCCGAAAGGAGGCUGUAGUUUUUAUGGGUGUUUUUCAAAUUUGGUGGAGAGCAUUGGUGUUAUCCCCCACUUAGCCAAAAACCUUGUAAAUAUGAUAGAGACUGUAGUUUUUAAUGGAUGUUUUUCAAAUAUGGUGGGAAACAUUGGGGUCGUGAGUGGAUGAACUCUAUUGAUUUUCAGUUGCAACGUUUCAUUCUGGAGUUAUCCCCCCUUUAACAAAAAUCUUGUGAGCACAAUAGAGGCUAUAUUUUGUUUUACAGAUUUUUGUCAAAUUUGAUGGGAAGCACUGGGGUCACGAGAAGAUGAACCCUAUCAAUAUUCAACAUUCUGCAACUUUCCAUCCCAGAGUAGUCCCCCCCCUUGCCAAAAACAUCGUGAAUGCAAUAGAGACUAGUUUUUAACAGAUUUCUUUAAAAUUUGGUGCAAAUUGUUGGGGUCAUGAGGGGACAAACCUUAUCGAUACUUUCUGUUCCUGAGUUUUCAAAUCUGCUUAACAUCCAAGUUUGCCUUUCGGAUAAGCUACAGAUGAGAACUUGAGACAAAGCUGUUUUGUGGGUGUAUUUCCAACGUGAUGGAUGACUAUCUUAUUUUAAUGUUGUUACUAAAGUGCAAAAUUUCAUAUUGGAUAUUUAUUUAUGAUUGAUAUCAAAUUAGUGCAAUAUUAUUAUAUGUAAACUGUUAAGUCAUUUUCAUGCAUGUUGAUUUUCUCAUUGAUAUGUCUUUAUGUAGUCUGUUAUAUAGGCCCAUAAAAGAAAGUGCUAUUAUGAUCAUUUUCCUUAUCAUCAUCAAAAUAUAUCCCCAUCAUCAUCCUAACAAUCGGUGCAGAACAAUAGGCCGUUAAAUUUAAACCCCAUUUCAUCUCAAACCGUUUAUCAUACUUUACAGACACUUGUUAUUUAUCUUAUCAUCACAAUCAGUCACAAUCAUUCAUCAUCACAAUCAUUCAUCAUCACAAUCAUUCAUUCAUCAUCACAAUCAUUCAUCAUCACAAUCAUUCAUCAUCACAAUCAUUCAUAAUCAUUCAUUUUACUACAAUCUGUAACUGGUAACAUCUCUGAAUAUCAAAUUUCUGAAAAAAUCAAACAUACAGGACCCAAUUUGGGAGGCCUGAAGUUACAGAAUAUGAAUACAUUGCAGAAUAUAAAUAACGUUAACUAGGCCAUUCAUUCAUAUUUAAGGUUAACUAUGUUUUACUUCACAAUUAGUAAUUUGUUGAAAUGGGUCAAAUGUGCCUUGUAUUACAUAUCUGUUCUUGAUUUAUCACUAGCCAUGAACGGCGUCUAAUCAUUCGAUGGUACAGAAACUUUAUGGAUUUACUACUUCUUGGUUUAUUACAUGCAACAUUUCAAUAUUUUUACAGGUAUCUUUAUCAAGCAACGUUUCAAUAUUCUUAAAGGUACCUUUAUCAAUUGCUUGAUAAAGAUACCUGUAAGAAUAUUGAAAAUUGCAUGUAAUAAACCAAGAAGUAGUAAAUCCAUAAAGUUGUGUAACUAUGAAUAGGUUUAAAUAUUGUUAAUAAAUAUAUUACUAAU